UUCUCCCCCCUACUUCACAAGAGGAAAUGGCCAUGGUUCUUAGAGAGAUGAUGAGUCCAGCUUCAAUGCCAUGGAGCUUGGUAUUCGGCACCCUGGGUUGUGUGCUUCUGUGGCAGGCUGCCCGGCUGCUAGACCGGCUGUGGAGGCAACCACGGCGGCUGGAGCGGGCCUUGCGCGCCCAGGGUCUCCGCGGUACGUCGUACCGCUUCCUCAUCGGCGAUGUCAACGACUACGAGCGGCGGAACAAGGAGGCGCGGUCAAGGUCGAUUCCACUGCGUUGCCACGACAUUCCCCCCCACGUCGCGCCGCUCCUGCACGACAUUGUCAGAGAGCACGGCAAGGUGUGCAUAUCUUGGUACGGACCGUACCUCAAGGUGACCAUCAGUGACCCUGAUCUAACCAAGGAGGUGAUGUCCAACAAGUUCGGCCACUUCGAGAAGCUCCAGUUCCCGGCAUUGUCCAGGCUGCUCGCCGGAGGCCUGGCGACAUACGAGGGCGAGAAAUGGGUCAUGCAUAGGCGGAUCCUCAACCCCGCGUUCCAACUCGAGAAGCUCAAGCUCAUGCUGCCAGCGUUUUCAACAUGCUGUGAAGAGCUUGUCAGUAAAUGGGUACAAUCCCUUGGUUCUGAUGGUACCUGUGAGGUGGAUGUCUGUCCAGAGCUCCAAAGACUCACUGGAGAUGUCAUUUCUCGCACCGCGUUCGGCAGUAACUACCUUGAAGGUACCAGGAUUUUCCAGCUGCAGUCCGAGCAAGCUGAGCGCCUCCUGGCUAGGAUUAAGAAGAUUGUCAUUCCCGGUUACUUGUCGUUGCCCACGAAAAACAACAGAAGGAUGAAAGCGAUUAAUAACGAAAUCGAAUCCAUUCUACUCAGCCUAAUUGGCAAGAGAAUGCAAGCUAUGCAAGAAGGAGAAAAUACAAAAGAUGACUUGCUAGGCUUGAUGCUUGAGUCGAACAUGAGAGACAUAGAUGAGAAUGGCCAAUCCAUCACUGGAAUGACCAUUAAGGAGAUCGUGGAGGAAUGCAAGCUGUUCUAUUUUGCAGGAACAGAGACAACAUCGAUAUUGCUCACAUGGACAAUGAUUGUACUAAGUAUGCAUCCGGAGUGGCAGGACCGUGCAAGGGAGGAGGUUCUUGGCCUAUUUGGAAAGAACAAACUUGUGUAUGAAGGUUUUAGCCAACUUAAAACGGUGACCAUGAUUCUUUAUGAGGUACUCCGGCUGUACCCACCGGCUGUCGCCUUCAUCCGAAAAACAUACAAGGAGAUGGAUAUCGGAGGCAUCACAUACCCCGCCGGUGUGCUUAUCGAGCUUCCCGUACUGUUAAUGCAUCACGAUCCAGACAUAUGGGGAGACGACGUGCAUGAGUUCAAGCCGGAGAGGUUUGUCGAUGGGAUCUCCAAGGCGUCCAAGAAUCCUGGUGCCUUCCUACCAUUUGGUUGGGGGCCACGGAUCUGUAUUGGACAGCAGUUCGCGUUGCUUGAGGCCAAGAUGGCGUUGUGCAUGAUCCUUCAACAUUUUGAGUUCGAGCUCGCACAGUCAUACACACACGCAGUGGAUAACAGGAAACUGUUGCAUCCGAUGCAUGGGGCCCAAAUUAAGCUCAGGGCAAUUUAAUCUCCACGCACCGGGUGAAUACAUGUCGUUUGCUACUCCCAGUGACUAAUAAGGCAUUGAAAUUCUGAGUUUUCGACAGCAUCUAUCCUAUCUUUGCUUAAGCUUAAGGUUUCCUAACCUAUCAUGUGACUGAGGAUUUUUACAUUAC